AUGAAUGGCCAGGCAUCUCCAGAUUGCCCAAUAUGUCACAGUCCCCUGCCCGAUCCAACGCAGGCGCAAAGAAGACGCGAUUCUUUCGGUUUCAGCAUCUCAGAGCUCAAGCAAUCCCAUGCGAGAGGAUGCGGCUUUUGUGGGAUUUUGCUUGAAUCCAUAAACCGUCAAAUCCAAGACAAGAUCGGACUAGACUCGGAACGCUAUCAUCUGCUCCCCUCCAAGGAAAACCAGCGGCGUCACGUUACUCUAUAUAGUUACGAGAGUCUGCCACAUCACGGGCUGGUCUUUUACUUGCUAGACAAUGCCCAGAAUGGCUCGGCUCGGGGUUCCUUGGUGUCUUUGCCGCAAAUAUACGGCUUCCCUCGAGGUCUCGAGACGCUCCCAGAAGUACCGCCAAUGGCUGAGUGCUCAGAAACCUGGGGUUUUAUAUCUCGCUGCAUAGCGGAUUAUGUUUCAAAUCAUCCUGAAUGCAACAAGAAGCCUUCCGAUCCCAUGAUCGUAUUACCCUCUAGGGUUCUCCAACUGGCAUCAAAUGGAACAGCUACAACAGUCCGUCUCGUCGAUCUGGACUCCUCAACACCUGUGAAAUACGCAGCGCUUAGCUAUUCCUGGGGUUAUACACCAACCCGCCCGCCGUUGACAACUACAAGCAAAAGCAUUGCCCAGAUGCGAAGAGGAAUCGACAUCUCGCAGUUGCCAUCAACUCUGAGGGAUGCUUCUAUUGUCUGCUCACGCCUUGGAAUAGACAUGCUAUGGAUUGAUUCCCUUUGCAUUAUACAAGAUGAUGCAAACGACUGGAACAAGGAAUCUAGGAAAAUGGGGGACAUAUAUCAGAAUGCUUUUUUCACCAUCGUUUCAGCAUCAUCGCAUUCUUGUCACGAAGGUUUCUUGAACAGCAUACGACAAGACUCUGUUGCUUUGGCGAGGAGUGGUCCUGGAGGUGCUUGCAUCAAAGCGCGCAAAUCAGUAGCGCGAGGCCACCAUAUUCGGUUCAGCGAGUCCUAUGGUGAAGAAUUUGAUCCUAUCGACAGCCGCGCAUGGACGUUGCAAGAGCGCGUCCUUUCCACCCGGGCCGUCGUCUUCACUGGGGCCGAAGUACAGUGGCAGUGCCGAACUUGCAAGACAUGCGAAUGCGGUCUUGGGUCAGACGAGACCAUUUCCGAGCCCAUCAGAGAGCAGCUCGCUGGGGAGAACCCAGGUUGGCACACCACGAGAGCGUGGGAGUCCUUCUUGAUUGAGUACACGAAGCGCAACCUUACGAUGGAGAAAGACAAGCUUCCUGCGCUGUCAGCGAUUGCAAGGCUAUUAUCGACGACAAUUAAUUCGGAGUAUUUUGCGGGCCUCUGGAGUAAUUCAUUGGUUAAGGGGAUGUGCUGGGCUGUGUUUGACACAGACACGUAUUUUCCAACAACUUAUAUCGCGCCCAGUUUCUCAUGGGCAUCAGUGGUCGGCCCAGUGAGAUACAAGACAUAUAGCGACGGAGAAAAGACGCGCUGGCUUGCUCGUCCAGUAUCACAGCACAUCGUUCAUCGAACUGAUGACGCCUUCGGUGGCGUCUCUAAGGCCUAUGUUGAUUUAGAAGCUCUUCUGCUUCCAGCCCGACUUUCUAACGUAAAAGGCGGCCAAAGCUUCGAACUGCAGAUUGACUGCAUCUCAAACAUCCGCUAUCUUAGGGCAGAGGUAGAUGGCCCUAUCAAGCGCAUCGCCCAAAAGGACGGCUUGAACUCUACUCUUCGGCGGUUUCCCACACCACCGGGUGGAUAUCAGCCAGGAGAGAAUGCCUUUAUUGACACUCCUAUCCAUCUCAUGCCACUGUGCGCUGAGGGUUUCGGCCCCGAUAAAACCGCAAUUUGGUGCCUCUUAUUAGGCUCUGUGUCGGAUAAUGCAGGGUAUGAAAGAUUGGGCAAUGCUACCGUCGAUGUCAGGACCGCAAUUUCUGACUUUGGUAUACUUGAGAAGGAGAAAGAAAUUGUCCGCAUAUUUUAG